AUGGUGCCCCUCCCGCUGUUCAAGCUCGCAUCUCUCUUCGUGCGGCAUGUCUCCAAGUAUGGCGCAAAUCGCAUCAAGGCGCAAGCCCAUGACCAUCCUCGAUUCCGCGCACUCGCAGCCAAAUACGGUCAGGCAAUCCAUCAGAUCAACAUGAAGCUGUCUGUUGCCCUCCUGAGAGAUCCCGAGGCCGAGCGACGAGCCAAAGAAAUAGCCGAAGCCCCCACAGUCAAAACAGAGCAGCAGCUUAAAAAAGAAGAACAAGCCAAGCAGAAGGCGAAGAAGAAUAACGAACUCGAGCCGGCUAGCUACCCCAAGUUUACGCUUCAAAACGUAUGGCGGCGAAAGUUCCGACCGUUGCCAGAGGGAAAGGCUGUGGAUUUAUUCGCUGACGUUGCUGGCGAUACGUUUAUUCUCGGCGUGGCGGGAGCAUUGAUUAUAUACGAGUACUGGAAAUCGUCACAAAAGCCCGAUGCUAAUAAAGAGCGGUUAGAGGAGCUCAACAGGAGGUUUGAAGAGCUUCAGAAGAAAGAGGAGGAACUGGCAGAUGCCGAGCAGCGGCAGCGGCAGCGAUUCGAAUCGCUCGAAGAAGCUUUAAGAGCAUUGAAGGACCCCAAGACAAAGCAACCAUUAUUACCAUCACUGCAACCGAGCAACUAGGCUAUUCGGCUGAUGCGGGCUCAUCUAGAGCUCCUCAAAGGCAACUCUCGAUGCAUAAAAGACCAUCCGACAGGGAAGAGAAGUCUGUGGCCACACAAUGGACUGGGCGCUUCUUGGUUAGGCAGGGAUAGAUACCCUCAGACCGCUCAACACUCCACUCAGCGCUACAAAGCGAUUAUAUUAUUUUGAUUUAUUAUUUCACAUAUCACGUCGAACAGCGGGUAAAGGAUAAAAGAGAAAGGAUAAAGGAAAAGAGAAGAAAAUUGGGGAACAGGAAUUGGAUAAAGGGUUAUAUGAGAAGGAGCGCAAAGGAGUGCAAAGGCUCCUUCCUUGCAGUCGCCUCGCUGCUUUGGAAGUGGAUAGAUUUUUUCAGCACAUACACCAAACAGGAGCAUUGAAGCUUUAUAUAGACAGAAAUUCAAACUUUACCAACAACGAU